CAGGCAACUCCGCGGACACCUCUCGGAGUGAUAAUUACCCAGCAUGCCUCUGGGCCGGUCUUUCCCUCCAUCUUCCCCGUAGUGAAGGUGAAUUAAUCAGACGACUCGACGAUGCCUGGAAGACUGUGGAGUAAGGCCAUCUUCACUGGCUACAAACGUGGCCUGAGGAACCAGCGUGAACACACGGCUCUGCUGAAGCUGGAGGGCUGCUACACCCGCGACGAGGUCGACUUCUACCUGGGCAAACGCUGCGCCUACGUCUACAAGGCCAAGAAGAACACAGUGACCCCCGGGGGGAAGCCCAAUAAGACCAGAGUGAUCUGGGGGAAGGUGACCCGGGCUCAUGGGAACAGCGGGAUGGUCCGAGCCAAGUUCAGCAGCAACCUGCCCGCCAAGGCCAUCGGACACCGGAUCAGAGUGAUGCUGUAUCCGUCUCGAGUGUGACGAGGACUCGUCGUCUCUGAUGUCGAUGUUUGUACAGAAACAAUAAAAUGAUUUGGUUCAGACCCGAA